AGUUCCAGGAGGGGAGAGGAACUGGAGGUUAAAUGGAUCACCAGUGGCCAAUAACUUAAUCCAUCAUUGCUGAAGCACCGGAGCCAUCAUUCUUAAAAACUAAAGGGACAGGGUUUGAACAACUUCAGGGAUGGUGAACAGCUGGAGAUUUCAGGAGAGCUUUGUGCUUGGGGAGGGUGUGGAAGCUCCCAUCAUUUCCCCACACCUUGCUUAAUGUAUCUAUUCUGAUUGUUCCUGAGUUAUAUCCUUUUAUAAGAAGCUGGCACUCUAGGAAGUAAAAUGUUUCACUGAGUUCUAUGAGGCCCUCUAGCAAAUUAAAACCUGGGAGUGUUGUAGGAGCCUCUGAUUUAUAACCAGUUGGUCAAAAACAUAGGUGAUAGCCUGAACUUGUGAUUGCCAUCCUAUUGCAGGGAGUUGCUGGAAACUUCAGUUUGUAGCUGGUCAGUCAAGACACCGUUACACUGAGCUGCUAAGGUGUAGGCACGGAGAGUGCAGAUGGGGUUUUAGCAGAUGACAGCAAUAAAGUGAGGAGCAAAAUAGUUUCAGCUCCUGCUUGUCUUCGUGGUGGCCAGCGCAGAUUCCAGAUCCCAGCCUCUGCAAAGGCCUGCAAUCACAAAGAAUCGGCAUUCAGGAAGAACUAAUCCAGGAAAAAGGAAGAGCAAGCAGAUCAAGAUGUGUAGCUCUGUGGCUGCAAAGUUGUGGUUUUUGACAGAUCGUCGAAUCAGGGAAGACUAUCCCCAAAAAGAAAUUUUACGAGCAUUAAAGGCCAAGUGUUGUGAGGAGGAAUUGGACUUUAGGGCUGUGGUGAUGGAUGAGGUGGUACUGACAAUCGAGCAAGGAAAUCUGGGUCUACGGAUCAAUGGAGAACUAAUUACUGCCUAUCCCCAAGUGGUUGUAGUGAGAGUACCAACCCCUUGGGUACAAAGUGAUAGCGACAUCACUGUUUUGCGCCAUUUAGAGAAGAUGGGAUGCCGGUUGAUGAACCGACCUCAAGCCAUCCUGAACUGUGUUAAUAAGUUCUGGACAUUUCAGGAGUUGGCUGGCCAUGGUGUUCCUCUGCCAGAUACUUUCUCUUAUGGUGGUCAUGAAAAUUUUGCUAAAAUGAUUGAUGAAGCAGAAGUACUGGAGUUUCCAAUGGUAGUAAAGAAUACACGAGGUCAUAGAGGCAAAGCUGUUUUCUUGGCUCGAGAUAAGCACCAUUUGGCUGAUCUAAGCCAUCUUAUUCGCCACGAAGCUCCAUACCUGUUUCAGAAGUAUGUUAAGGAGUCUCAUGGACGGGAUGUGCGUGUCAUUGUUGUGGGAGGCCGUGUAGUUGGCACCAUGUUACGUUGUUCAACAGAUGGAAGGAUGCAAAGCAACUGCUCACUAGGUGGUGUGGGGAUGAUGUGCUCGUUGAGUGAACAAGGAAAGCAGCUAGCUAUCCAGGUGUCUAAUAUCCUAGGGAUGGAUGUGUGUGGCAUUGACCUAUUGAUGAAAGAUGACGGCUCCUUCUGUGUCUGCGAGGCCAAUGCAAAUGUAGGUUUCAUCGCCUUUGAUAAGGCUUGUAAUCUAGAUGUAGCUGGUAUCAUAGCGGACUAUGCCGCCUCCCUCCUGCCCUCUGGCCGGCUCACCCGGCGUAUGUCCCUGCUCUCCGUGGUGUCCACGGCCAGUGAGACUAGUGAGCCGGAGCUGGGUCCCCCAGCCAGCACUGCUGUCGACAACAUGAGCGCAAGUUCCAGCUCUGUUGACAGCGACCCUGAAAGCACGGAGCGAGAGCUACUCACCAAGCUCCCAGGGGGCGUAUUCAACAUGAACCAGCUGAUAGCCAAUGAAAUCAAACUCCUGGUGGAGUGACUCCACCGGUAAAUAAUUAACCAACAAAACCCUUGUAAAACUCACUUUCUUUUUCUUCUUUUUUUUUUCUUUCUUUCUUUCUUUUUUUUUAACCAACUUGCAAUGCUGUUCAUGGAAGGUACUCAGGAAGAUGAGAGAGUUGAUUAGAAUUAGUUAGGAGAGAAGAAAGGGGAAAUAGACUAGACCUCUACUGUUGUUACUGACUUCCAUUUACAGAUACUACAGAUAGAAAGGCAGAAGAGGUGAGAUUCAGAAAAACGUCAGGCUCUUAUAGUUAACCUCCCCCCCCCCAUAGUUACCCUUUUAAAUUAAUCAAAAAUAUGUAGCUCUCAGGCCAUGAAAAACACAGUUUUUUUCAUGGUCCCUUGCUUUUGCUUUUGUACAGUUCCUACAAAUUUUAGCAUAGCAUAACUCACAUUGUGUUGCAAAGAUGUAACGAGUGAGGAAAACAUCUACCUAAAUUACAGAAAUUUUUACAUGCAAAUCUGAAAAUUCUGACUUUACCAUAUUAACUAGCAACUUUAUGUUCAUAGUUUAUGAAAUCUUGAGCUCUUUUACUGGGAUUUAUGAUUUUUGGUUUUUGGUUUUCCCUUAAUUUGGGUGGGAGGGCAACAUUAAUAUGACCCAAUAAAGGUCUUUUAAUGACAAAACUGGCAUUUUUGCAUGAUGGGGAAAUGAACAGUAUUGCAAUGUCUGGUACACAAAAUGACAUUUACUCCAAUGUAGAUAAAAUUACACUAGUUUAAAAUAUGUGCAUUGACUUGUAUUUGUUAGUGUUUUAAUCUUUUUUGAAAGAUAUAUGCUCUGUUAAUGUUGCAAAUUUUUUUUAAUACAUGCUAGUCUAACAUUCCCUGAACUAUGCCUGCAUCUUUAACAAUGGCCAAAGUGAAGAAAGUGCUACCUUUUUUGUUAACAAGACACUGACUUGAAACAUGUGCAUUUAAAGCCUUUUCCUUUUUCCUUUUUUCUUUUGGUGGUGGGGCAUUUAAAGUAUAAGGACACGGAAAAAUAUUUUUGGGGAGCAGAUCAAGGGCCUAUAAGUUCUUAAGCAUAAAAUUGAAGUGAUUUAUAAUACCAGCGUUAUAUAUUUGCAUUUUUCACAUUUUAGGAGGGAGUAUAUAUGUGUGUGUGUGCACGCAUGCAUGUGUAUGUGUUUUGCUUUUUGUUUACACCAACCGAUCAAAAAGGAUAGAUUCUAGAAAAUGGAGCAUGAUGGGGAAACAGUUUUACUUUAAAUAACAAAUAACUUGUUUUAAUAACUACACUGGGGUAGACGUACUCACUAAAGACAUAGAAUAGAUGCUUCUUAGGGUUUUUUAUGUAUAUGUAUGUUGUUUGUUUUUUUUCUUUGGUUCUAGACUGUUCAGUGUAUGAUUUAUUCAAGGCUACAUGCUUUUCUCUGCUUCUGGCUGUGCAUUUUCUAUUACACGUAGGUUUUAGGGGGGUGGACUGGAUGUUUUUGUUUGGGGACUUAUUUUGCAGUAUUAAGUCUCUUAUAGCCCAACUCUGAAGCCUUCAAUACUGUCCACUCUUUAUAUUCCUUUAAUUUCUGAAGUUAUAAAAGCCCCAGAAUGGCAUAUAACACGAGCCUUUAGAACAUGGGUAAAUCUAUUUGAAUAAUGGUUUAGAAGGUGUGUUAAGAAAUGGAGAUGCUCCAGAGCUCAACGUAAUUUUUUUAAACAGCAAGUUCCAUCUCACUACAAUCCUCUGAAGCUUUUACUCGAGUCCUUUCUUGCCUCUCCAGUGCUUUUUUCCUUCAGAUGGACCUUAAGCAUAAUUUCUUGGACACUACUAGAGAGACUUCAAGGCAAUAAUAAAAGAGCAGUAUUAACCAGCUCUAACAGAGGUUUGAUCAUGCUUGUACAGUUUUCCCCCGUUUUAAAAAGGAAUGUAAUAAAAUUUGUUUUUUUCCAUAGAAUUAAAUAAUAUUAAAAUUGAGUGAAAGGUUGAUUGCUGGCAAAUAGAAUAGUACCUCUAAUCCGUGCAGUGUCUCAUUUCACCUCAGAAAAAGAUGAUAAGAGGAUUUUCUAAUUUAUUUUAAGAUAUUCUAAUCUCAUUUAAAGAAUUUGACUUGCAUAGGGUUAUUGUGGGCCUUACUGUGUGUGUGUAUAUAUAUAUAUACACACAUAUGUAUGUGUAUAUAUAUAUACAUAUAAAAGUACCUCUGACUCAUUAACAGAAAGAAACACUUGGUACUUCUUUCACUGAAUGAUCAUAGGAGGAUGCAUAAUAUUUGGGAUAGAGAAAUAAAUGAGGGAGAAAGAAGUGCUUAAUUAAGUCAUUCAUAUGUUUGUGUAGAAACCAUCUGGUUGUUGCAUAAUGAUACAUUACUUGCAUAUUACAUGCAUAUAGAUUUACCAAUUUUUAAAACAAAUAGAACACAUACACUGAUGAAAAACUCAGGGUUUCUGUUGGGUGGGAUAAGGUGUCAGGAAAAAUGUAGAUAGCCUUUGAAAACAUUUUAUCAGACUAACCAAAUAUAAGAAUUAUUGGAGACUAUUUCACCUUUAGUUUUAUUCACUACUGAUCCAUCUUUUGUGUAUUCACACUAUAUUAAAACAUAGCUUUACGAACCUAUUUCUGGAUUUGCACUCACAUGUUAGAAUGAGAAGGGUAGGAAUGGUCAUCUUAGGGUUUAAAACAUGAAUAUCUUCUUGAACUCCCUCAAAAAUUAAGGUAAAGAAUAUGAACAAAUCAUUCUGGAAGAACCCAAAUGAAACACCCCAGAUAUUUAAGUGAAAGUUAAAUAUAUUUUCAUAUUGUUGAAUAACUUUUGUAUAAUCUUCAUUGCUAUUAUGAGAGGUAAAAAUGUAUUUAUUAAAUAUGUAUAAUUUCUAUCAUGCCCAAAUCUGAAUUAUUGUAAAAUUGUAUAUUGUUAAAAUUGUAAUUCUUAAUUGUAUUUUAAAAGUAAUUCUUUCUGCUAUUGUUUUUAUGUUACCUAUGAUGAAAAUUGGACUACACACACACACACACACACACACACACACACACACUAUUCAAUUUAAAAUUUUUAAUAGUUUUUUUCUUUUUUUGGUGCCUAAUAAUUGAUUGGUCAUUUCUGCUGGCUUUUGCUCCACUGAACUUUGAAAUCUUUCUGUACAUGCUAUCAAUAAGAAAAUAUGCUGGAACAUUAGAAAAACCACCAAGAGACUUGAUUUCAUCAAGCACUUUAUCAGACUUUUGAGAAGGUAUCGAAGGCAUUGAGAGAAUUGACUUUCAAAAUCAUCUUUUUCUCAAGAAGAAAACAAUGGAAAACAAAUUCUCUUCAUUCAGUGAAUCCUCAGUUUGGGGUCUGGGGAGCUUAGAGACAUUGUGAAAUCAAAUCUUGUGUUACAUUUUUCUCCUGGCUCACUCUUUUUGAGAAGGUUUAUGGGCUAUAUGGCUGGUGAGACACGAUCCCCUCCUAAGAAAAUGUAGGUGCUCAGACAGGUAACCUCUGCUGCUACUGUUUUUAUUUGUUUGUUUGUUUGUUUAAUUUCAUUUCAAAAUUUGUUUUUGUUAUACUAGGAUAUUCUUUAAUGUAAUAUAUUGCAGGAUUUAUAACCAGGUUCACUGCUUUCUUUCUUUCUUUCUUUUUUUUUUCUUAAAAAAAAAAAAACAAAGUUUCAUUUAAGAUACAUUUAGGCGCCUUUGAAGCUUGGAUUUUGGAAUGUUUCAGUAGUGGACAGAAAUCUGCUGUUGGAAUCUUCUAGUCUUCCAGGUUUAAUUUGAAAUGUUUUUAGUUUUGUUUUGGAUUUUCGUGUGGUAUUUUAUUUCCUUUAUAUCAGUGCCCUUUUGCCAUGCUGUUUUGGGGUGGCUGCCUAACUCUAGUGAAAAUUCUUCUAUAUUAACGAAAGUUUGGUGUUUUAAAUUCCUUAAUGUUUUGCAUUUUUUACAAUUGUUUUUUAAAGAAAUAUUCUAACUGCUUGCACUGUUACUGUUCUUUGCCAGCCUUUUCAGGAGCCAAAAAAACAAAAACAAACAAACAAAAAAAUACCCAGAGAAAAAACUUUCCUUCUUCCCCCUUCCUGAUGAUGAGUGAGAAGUAUUGAGAACUUUCGGGGUCAGUGCCCUUCUAAACUCCCCUUCCCCCAAUAAUGCAGCUGUAUAAUGAAUGGUAAAUGCAGCGGUUUGGAUUCAGGCACAGCCCCAGCCUGCUUGCAGGUGGCGUAUGUGUUCGUGUUUUAAUGUAUUCAGAGCCAUUGGGCAAUAAGCAGUCCAGAACAUUGAAAACUCAUGCAGCAGAGAGAUAAACUGGUAGGUGGCAGCAGAAGAAGGAAUUCUUCAGAUUGAUGGCUACUGAAAGGAUCUACAUAGGAGAAGAGAUAGAGCAUAACAUAUCAAGUCAAGCAAAGGGGGCAUAAAGUGGAAACAGGACUAAAAUUUUUGGAUUUUGACUAAAUGGUUCUUUUGAAGUAACCAGUGAUCGUUUUUGCUUAUUACUUCAUUCACAGAAUGGACGAAGAUAGAUUUGACUGUAUGUCUUUUGAAAUGGAGGAUAGAAAUACCCAGAACAAGGAAGCAGUAGCUCUAACCUGUUUGAUUCAAUGUGUUUCCUAAAAUAAAAAUACCAGAACUGGGAAUUAAAUAGUAUGGAGUAUGAUUUGUUCCUUUGGCAGUUAUUCCUGCCCACUCCAUCAUAUAUGAAUUCACUUUAGACUGUAUGGCUAGACUUGAACUCUAGUUCCACAUGUAUCAUUCUCUUUAUUCUUUUCUUUUCUCCACUUUGUGAACUCCUUUGGUUCUUGACAUACUAAUUUUUCUAUAAUAUAUAUUCUGAAAUGAUUACUUCUCCUCUUAGAACAUAGGCCCUAAAAUACGUAUAAUUUUACAUGUAAAUAUGUAUUACAUGGAUUUACCCCUGCCUCUCUCCAUCCCAUUUUAUCUGUCCAUGCUGAGUAACUGUUUCUGUGUUUUUUAAUUUCUGAAGAAAUGCAGCCUUUUUUCUGUUUCACUCUGACAGGGCUCUGGCAUAUGCUUAUCACAGCAUCACUCAUUAUAUUUUAAUCUUCUUGUGACUAGAGGCCAUAUCUGACCCACUAUAUUUGAACUAUAGAAGAUCUGAUACAUACAUGUGUAUACAGAGGCAAUCCUAGUACUUAGGACAAAAAAUACUGAUAUUCUUUGUAGUCAGAUAUUGAUACAAAUCCUAAUUCCAUUAUUUACUGGUUACAUGGACUUUGGACGAAUCACCCUCUUCAAACCACAAGGGAGUAUUUGUAAAAAUUGGAAAUGAAUGUACCUACAUUACUAGAUUCAUGUGUAAGUACAGUUUUGCUAUAACACAUGUGUAGUGCUUAGCACAUGUUUGAAUAAUAAAUGCUGAUCUUUAAUUCUA